GGGCCAAUAAGGUUGCUCAAAACCAGUCAUGCGAGGGAUUCGACAGGGCUGUCCGUAAUUAUAAGCACGUUGUAUAGAGAGCCUUACAGGCUAUGGUGAUGCUGUCCAUCCGUUACGGGGUCCAGAAUGCCAGCCAAUCACCGCUUGACAAACGUGUCGCAUGUCGUUCAUAAGCCCUUGCGGAUGCGAAUAUGAACUCCCAUAUGCAUCUCUUCCGACCCAUUGCAAUUGCACCACUCAAAGGUCCAGCAGAGAUGGACAUGUAUGCUGAAAGCACUCCACGCAGAGCAAAGCGCUUGCGUUCAGCCUCAGGCGCCGCUGUUAUACCUCCGCAGUCAGACAAUCAUCGACUGUCUAGCCCAAUGUCCAGCGAUGACCAAGCUGAAGAUGACGCUUACGACACUCCUCCAGCACCACAACUCAAACGGCGCGGUCGCAAACCUGGGGCGCUUUCACGCGCAGCACGUGAAGCUCAGCGGAAGAUUAAUCACUCCCUCAUUGAAAAAGCCAGGCGCACCAAAAUUAACGAUGCCCUGGCUGCAUUGAGAGAGCUUGUGCCUGCGGAAUACAAGCGACUCAAUGAAACUGCAGAGGCCAGUGAUGAGGAUGAAGACAAUGAACCUAAGAAAGCCAAGGGAAAGUCGAAGGCAGGAGAAAAGGAAUUCAAACUUGAGAUCCUGGUGCGGACGGUGGCGUACCUUCAGGACCUGACAGAGAAGGUGAAGCGCCUCGAGGAAGAUGGGUGCCCGCAGUGCAUUCACCAAUCUUCUUCUGACGCCAGAGGGUCCAAGCGAAGGAAACAGGACGUUGAGCAGGAAGAUGGUGCAAGAACUGAACUGGAGUCCGCUGAGGGCUCGUCCUCCCGCUUGCCAUCCAUUUCUACCUGGCUUCCACAUUCAUCGCAAGAACGGACUCGGAGAGCCCUGACUUCGUCCCAGUCACCAUCCACCCGACCAGUUCCGAGCUCUUCAAAGUCUCCGUCACAACAACUCCCGACACCUCCAACUUCCGCAACAUUCACGGCCUCCUCCGUCUUCGGAGUCCCACCUGUUCUGACCCUCCCUUCUCCGAGUACACUUCUUCCGCAAUCGGGGACACAGAUUCAACCUUGUUUUUCGGGUUUUGCUCCACGACGGAGUCCCAGUGACACAGCAUUAUCCUCGCCAGUGUACACUCCAGAUGAUGAAACUGCCGCAUCGCUAUUGUUGCGCAUCAGUACCUCUACGCUCGUGACCUCACCACAACUGCCACCAAAGCCGCCGUCUCCGUCAAGUUCGAUCAACGACUCGCAGUCACGAACAGGAAGACCACGAGAAGAGUCUGUGCAUGCACUGACACCACGCCAUCUAUUAGGUUUGACAGCAGGAGAGUGAAAACAGGCUGUGAUGGGAUGUCAUUGAAGACGUACCUCGAUCUGACGAUUUUGACCCUUGUUCGUGUCUUAUGUGUCUUUUAGCUUACGAUUUUACUCGUACUUCAGUUAUAAGGGCUGUUAGUAUAGGUAACAUCACCUUUGGUCUGUUGUAAAAACAUUGUACUAUCAUGAUAUUUUGGAAUCGGAAGUGUACUAGUACGGUGUUUGUAUGAUGUAAUACUAAAUUACUCGUU